AUUGUGAAUAAUAAAAGCUUAUAUGGAUGUGUUUUUGAACUAUUCGUAAUAAAUAAUAAUAUAAGGUUAUUUUGUAAUCUAUAACCUUAUUCAAUAUUUAUUCCAUCAAAUAUUUUCAGGCAGACAUGACAGAAGAAUUAGACAAUCUUUUUUUUUAUGCCAAUACUUGUCACAUUUGUAAAGUCCGUGGCAACGAAACACUUUUAAAAAAAUGCAGUCGAUGCAAAAUGAUUUCAUAUUGUGGCAAAGAACACCAAAAGCAACACUGGCUACGGCAUAAGGACUUAUGUUACGUCUUGUCAAGCAUGCUUAACGAAACUAAUAAAUCACAUAUUUUCGAAGGAAUGAGAAAUUCUAAUACGACAGAUUGGGUAAAGGCAAAAAUGAAUUUAAUGCUUUUAGUAAUUAUAAAGCUCGGUAGAAAAUUAUUACCAUACGAAGAGGAGAUGUUUAAAUUCCCUAGAGCUUGUGUCGUUUGCCAUGAAACUGAUCAAAAAGUAAUUAUCGAUUGCAUAUUGUGCCCAGCGGCAAGCUUUUGCAAAGAACAUAAAAAUGAUUCUAGUCAUUCAAAAAUUUGCAAAACAUUAACCCUCUGUUACGACUUGGAUGUUGCAUCCGCUGCAUUGGUCAGGCAGCCUCCACUCAAUACCGUGCCUUAUUAUACAGAAAUGAUUUCCUUGCCCGUCUGUAUGAAGAGUUUUAUCGAUACGUAUUAUAAUAAGAAUAAUUCUCUUCUGAUAUCCAAUCGUAUGCAAAUACCUCAAAUAUCAGAAUAUCUUACUAGACCAUUAACAUUACUUUAUGCUAUAGAGAAAUUAGGUUUUUCAGUUAAUUCGGUAAUAACUAUUCAUAUUAUUGGGGCAAAUAUGAUUGAACUUGAUGGAGCAGAAAUUUGGGAAAUACUUUUACAUUGGUUGCCAUCUUUAACUACGUUAAAUAUAGUUCUGAUUGGCCCAGAACAAUUUAAGAAGAAGUACAACAAAUUAGAGUACAAUAUUUGCGACUAUUGCAAUGGGAAAGGCAUAAAAUUUUAUCUGGAAACUUACGGAGAGCUAUACAACGAAUAUGUGAAUAGCAAUUAUUUUGUUAAGCCCGACAUAAUUGUAGGGUACAAUGUAGGAAUUCAUGAACACGAGCCUGGAGAUUUUAAAUUGGACACAUGGUUUGAGUCCAUAAAAAUCUUACCCGAACAAAACUGUCCAAUUAUGUUAACAUCGUACACUGAGAAAGAAGCUAAAAAAGAUCAUAAAAGAUUCUGUGAUGUUUUAGAAAAAAAUGUGUCUUUCAUAUGCUGUGAAGCGAAUCCAUUUUCCAGCUUAAGACCUCACAGAGAUUACGAAACGGAAGAACUUUAUUAUCAAAAUCAUUACAUCAUUAUUUAUCGAGAUUUUAAUUAAUCGAUUUAAAAUUAUA